ACCACUGCGCGGCGAGAGUGUGCAGCCGCAAUAUUACACGCCUCCCCAGUCGCUGCGCACGCACACAACGAUGACCGCCCUAAUAAAAACGGCAAACACGGGCCGGAGCAGUCAGUUAACGCUAGCGCGCCGCCGUAUCCAGUACUGGAAAGGAGGCUACCGCUAGCUGAGACGCUCCCCGCUCCCCACACCGCGACCGGACUAUUCCGCUUCCCGGGUGUAGCUUCGUUUCGCACCACGCGUCACGAACUCGCCUGGAACGGAACGCUGUUCCUACCACUAAUAUAUUGUAUAUAGUGUAUCGUAUAUUGUGUGUAAAAAUAAACUCUUUGUUGAACAAUCUUCUUUUGAUCCGUUUCACCAAACAAGUCUUACAUUCUGACGCCCAACGUUAAGCCCGAAAGUAUACAAACUGGCACUUAAUAUAAAGACCCGGAAAAGCCCUAAAGGACGAACAGCCAGCAGGAUAAAAAAAGAACCUGGAGAUAUGAACCUGUCGGUUGACCAAUUCGAAAAGCUUUUAUCCAUCAUCAGCACCCAGCAGCGGCGAGGUUCUUUUGCGACCUGUAAACUGUCAUAUAAUGGCGUGCGAGAUACUGAAACGGUGGAAUCUUUCCUUGCGGCGACUUCAGUGUUCAAAUCUGUUGAACAGAUAUCCGAUGAAGAUGCCAUUAAGAGUAUUCCACUUAUUCUUAAAGAAGAAGCUGCUACUUGGUGGAAUGGUGUUAAAAAAGAAGUGAAGUCAUGGAGUGACUUCGAAUCACGUGUUCGACACGCAUUUGCCCCUAAGAGACCAGCAUACCAGUUGUACCAGAACAUCGUUGGUAUUAAACAGUCCGAAGACGAGCUAACAGAAGUAUUCGUGGCCAAAAAAAGAGCACUGUUUGCGCAAUUGCCCGAAUCCCAUACCGAGGCUCAACAGAUAGAUAUGGUAUAUGGUCAGUUGAGGUAUAAGAUUAGGGUCAAAAUGCCAAGAGAAACAGUGGGAACUUUCGAUGCCUUGCUGAAAGCCGCUAGAGGAGUUGAACAGCUUCUAACAGAGAAGAAGCUUCCAGAAAAUGGAACUUCCGAAAACGCUUUUCAGGAACUGAAGACUCGUCUCACGACUGCACCUGUACUCCGGCAAGCUGAUGAGACGAAACCCUACGUCAUAAAAAGUGAUGCAAGUAAUUACGCACUUGGAGCAGUUCUAGUGCAGGGGGAGGGAGAGGAUGAGCACCCCGUCGAAUAUGCUAGUUGGCUUAUGACCCCUGCAGAGCGAAAUUACUCCACGACGGAAAGGGAGGCCCUUGCAGUGAUGGGCCAUAUCUAAUCCUAAAGCCGAAUGGCAUCUCUUCUUAUAUUAUUUCAGAUCCCAACACACCAGACCAACCGCUGGGCGUGUAUCACACGUCUGCCUUGAGUCCAUACCAAGGUAGUAUUAGCCAGCUUCCACCAGCAGUGCGCCCAUUGAAAAAACGGGGGCGACCGCCUAAGCCUAGUGCUCCUGCCACAACCUCGCAGCAAGCACGCGGACGAGGGCGGCCACGGAGAAACACACAGCAGAACAAUUAACUUCGCUGUCUACUCGUCGGGACGUCUUCGUAUCCAGAGGGGGAGAAUGUAACACCACUGCGCGGCGAGAGUGUGCAGCCGCAAUAUUACACGCCUCCCCAGUCGCUGCGCACGCACACAACGAUGACCGCCCUAAUAAAAACGGCAAACACGGGCCGGAGCAGUCAGUUAACGCUAGCGCGCCGCCGUAUCCAGUACUGGAAAGGAGGCUACCGCUAGCUGAGACGCUUCCCCGCUCCCCACACCGCGACCGGACUAUUCCGCUUCCCGGGUGUAGCUUCGUUUCGCACCACGCGUCACGAACUCGCCUGGAACGGAACGCUGUUCCUACCACUAAUAUAUUGUAUAUAGUGUAUCGUAUAUUGUGUGUAAAAAUAAACUCUUUGUUGAACAA